AAACAACAAAAGUGGUGAAUGAAAGCAGCACAACGCCACUUUCUAGUUCAAGUUCAGCAGUGAAGCAAUUACAAAAACAAAUGUGAACAACAAAAUGCGAUAAAUCAUAAGAAAAAAGUGCGUUGAAAAGAGCACCGAACACGUGAUGGCAGUGGCGCCAAAACCUGCCUCAACAUUGUGCAGCGACAAGUGGAACGGUGUCGUCGUGAUUAUCGGCAGCCGCAGCGGUGGGCGCGGUGGGCGCUGUGGGUUCGGUUUGUCGGUGACAGUGCGUACAGAGAUGAAAUGCUAUUAUCAGUUAUAAUGAGUGAAAUAUGUAACAAUAACGCUAGCGCUGUUCGGCAGGUAGGUAUGUAGCCGGUGCAGCGCGACACUUUCGCCUUUAACAGUGCCCGAACUCUGCAAAAGUUAACAGCGCACUGCAAAGCGCCGACUGCAAUUAUGUUAUAGCCACGCUUGUUGGAUACUUAUUCGGCAACACAUUCAACAGAAGGUGUUAUCAUUUCACAGCGAAUGGACGUAUACGACGGAGCUGAAAAAAAAGUGCGCACAUUUACCGUUUAUAGGUGAGAGCGUUUAAGUAAAUUUGAAUUUGAAUUUGUUGCUAGAGUAAGUGGAGUUCGAUAUUCAACGUACAAAAAAAUAGAAAAUAUAUUUUGUGAAAACGAACAAUAAAUAUACCAAAAAAAACCUUAAAGACGCUCAAGAGAGUACUAUCAGAAAUAGGAAGGUUGAACAACAAAAGUCAAAGGGGAAAUAAGCACCUCAAAAUAAACGGAGCUGAAAGUAAAAAAGCGUGUACUACUUGUAUGUAGCAAAACAGGCAGUAUAAAUGCAAAGUGUACAAAAAACCGAAUAAUAAAUAAAUAUAAAAUAAAAAUGUAUAACAAAAAACCACUCGAAUAAUAAGCUGCUAUAAGCUUUUGUGCAACAAAAAAAAAAAAAUUAUGGCAUACAAAAAAAUUAAAAAAGCUACCCUUUCAGCUUUUUAAAUCGCUUUUAAAACUGCAGCAUUGCCUGCUUUAAGGCGCACGUUACAAUAAUAAUAAAUACUUAAUAGCUUACGCCCCUCUCAAAAAGCGCUUUAUAAUGCAUUAAGAAUAUUGAGCGUUUAAAGUUACAAAAAUAAAAAAAGUAAACUGUCGCAGCGAAUAACUGUAAGCGGCGAAGUAAAACUUUUGGACAAAGUUAAAGUUUGUGAAGCAUUAAAGAGUUCAGCAGAGCAUGGUAUAAGAGUUGGCGACAGCAGUGAGCAAAAGUGUAGAAGUAUAUAUGAGGCAUAUAGUGACCAGUGGAAAGUGAAAAGUGAAAGAAAAAGUGCGAAAAAGUGAAAGUGAAAAGUGAGAUAAGUGAGUAUCGAAUUAAGGUCAAAGUUCAAAAUGUGGAAAUAAAAUAAAGGAAUAGAAAAAGCAAAGAUUUCUAAAAGUGUCAAAGUGUCUACAGAAAAUGCUUUUGCAAUAUUGCUCAAUAAAUAUCGCCAAAAAUUGAGCAUUGAAAGUUUGCUGUGCUUCAAAACAAAUAUCUAAUACGAAUUCAAUAUCAGCUCAUGAAUGUUGACUUACUUAUUUUAAGCAACAAAUCCAAGUAAACUUCACUGCAAAUCCCUUUUGCCGACACACAAAGCACAUAAGCAUCAAUAGCAAUAAUAAAAGUAAUCCAAAUAAAAUAGCAAGUAAAAUUGUAAGUGAAAAAGACACUGCAUGAUAAACCACUGAUCCUGUGUAUGUUAACUGCUUGUAAACAAGCUUACGGCAUUACGCGGCGCGUCUGCAGAAGCAGCAGCAGUUGCAGUAAAGGACAUUCGGCACGAACAAAUUUAGAAAUUUAGUGUGUCUCGCUUUAAAGAUUCGCCUUUAUUUGCCGAAAACAUAGAAGAUACAUAUCGGCUUGUUAGAAAGGAAGGAAUUUUAAGACCGUACAAUCCAAUGGCUAAGAGAGCAUCAUAAACGCUACAACAAACACAACAACGACAACAACAACAAAUUGUAAUACGCAUGCAAAUAAUGUAAUAAUGUCAACGCUUGCAGCAACAGCGCAAAUGUCAGGAGCCGCAAAGUCAAAGACACUGAAGGGAAAUGUGGCAAGCAAUGCUAUAACGGCGACAACAAUAGCAAAAGCAACAACAACGAUAAUAACAGCAAGGGCAACAAGGGUUACGACAAAAUUAAGCAAUCAAGAUAAUCACAAUGAGUAUGUCGCUGCCAACGCCGCUGAUGCGAAGUAUUUAAGGCACGCAAUGCUGGGAAAUUUUAAUCAACAAAACGAGCAGCGCCCUGCCAGGCUGUUGGGCAACAGCAGCCACAACAGCAGCAAUAACAAUACAAACGAUACAAACAGCUGUUGUGGUGGAAAACAAGGCAAGCAACAACAACAACUGCUGAGUUUAAGCACAGAGAUGAACGAUGUCAACAACAUGCGCGCAACAACAGCAACAACAACGCUGGCUGUAAUGUUUCACGAAAUGAAUGAUGUCACCCGCUGCAAGUGCAUUUUAAGUAACAAUAAUUCAUGCUGCCGCGCUGAUAACUACAUUAAAUGGAAUUAUGGGCGCCAAGUUUUGGCAAGUGAUAAUGAAAGCGCGCCUCACACACACUUGCAACAGCCGCCAGUGCGCUGUUACGCGACGCGCGCCACCAAGGUUUGCACAACGUCCAGAAUGGGCGCAUUAUCAGCGCCGGAAAUUUCAACACUCGUAUCAGCGUUACCCCCGGCGCUUGGUAGUAAGCAGGCUAAAGCCACAACAACAGCAACACACACAAUCGCGCAACAGCCACCAAUAAAGGCACCAACGCUUAUCGCUGAACCGGGUUUAAAGAGUGCAUCCGGCUCAAAAAGCACGAACAUUUUGUGUGUAGCAAGUGACGCGCUUGCUGGGGUUGAUCGCGUGUGCGAACCCAUAAUUUGCAAUAAAAAGCGCCACCUCGUUGCGCGUAGCGGCAAACUUAGAAGAAAGCGUUGCAAGCGCAAACGUCGCUGCCACUGGCCGGCCAACAGCGUCAGAGCGGAAAUGGCUAAAACAAAAGCCGCCGUUCAAACGAGCGCGAUUAGUCGUGCGACAAAAAGCCCAACAACACUCAAUUCAUGCAUAUUGACGUCAUUCCUUUUGAAUUCCACUUUGCUGGCGUUAUGCAAUGCCACAGCCGCUACGGCGCUAUCGGCAGUGGCGGCAACACUCGGUGAUACUAUUAAUAGUUCCAUGAGCGCUGAUCCGUCACCAUCGGCGCCCGCUGCUAACGUUGUUGGGAACGCGUAUGAAAAUGUUAACGCUACUAACGGUAAUGGCAGUCACGGUGGCAGUCAAAUAGCUUUUGCCAAUGGCGGCACUAGUGAUAUUAGUUUUAAUGACAGCGACAAUUUGUCGGAGGAAGAUGAUCGUGAAUAUAUUUUCGACCGCACCGAUGUGCGCAUCAUUUUUAUUACGCUGUAUACUUUGGUGUUUUGUUGCUGCUUUUUUGGAAACCUACUUGUGAUACUGGUUGUAACAUUAUCGCGGCGCUUGCGCUCAAUAACGAAUUUUUUCCUAGCAAACUUGGCUUUAGCGGACUUUUGUGUGGGUCUAUUUUGUGUGAUGCAAAAUUUGUCGAUUUAUCUUAUAGAUAGCUGGGUGUUUGGCGAGUUUCUUUGCCGCAUGUAUCAAUUUGUGCACUCCCUCAGUUACACGGCGUCAAUUUUCAUUCUCGUCGUCAUCUGUAUGGAGCGUUACUUUGCCAUUGUCCAUCCAAUUACGUGUAAGCAGAUCUUAACAGCGACUAGAUUAAGGCUGGCCAUCUUAACCGUCUGGGUUACCUCAGCCGUCUACUCAACGCCCAAAUUCGUGUUUAGCAAAACUAUUAAGAAUAUACACACUGAGGAUGGGCAAGAGGAGGAGAUUUGUGUGUUGGAUCGCAAGAUGUUUAAUUCGAAAUUGCUGGACAUGAUCAAUUUUGGAUUGCUCUACGUAAUACCGUUGCUGGUGAUGACGGUGCUCUAUAGCAAAAUUGCGGUUGCUUUGUGGCGUAGCUCACACGGUCUCUCGCACCAUUUAGUCACACAGCAUCAACAGCAGCAACAACAACAACAGCAGCAGCAACAACAACAAGACGAAAGCAUGAGCUUACAUAACAGCAUGUAUCAUCAUCAACAUUCACAACAUCAUCAUCACAAUCAUCACCAUCAACAUCAUCAUCAACACCAACAACUACAGCAACAACAUAAUCAUCAUAUGUCCUAUAAUCAUCAUACAGCACAAACAACAACGACACUACACAACAUUAGUCAUCAUCCGAAUCAUUUGCAACAGACACACGCGGAGCAACAGUUGCCCGGCGCUGAGCUGACGCAUACAACUGUUGUAGGCGUGGUAGGCAUGGGUAAUCUGAGCAGUUGUGGCGCAGGUGUAGGUGGUGGCAGCGGUAGUGUUGUUGUCACCAAUAUGACGAGCGGUUUGUUGUCACGCAAGCAGAGCAGCAAAUACGAAAAACGCGGCGUCAGCAUUACCGAGAGCCAGGUUUCACUGGACUCCGAACGACCCAUCGUAUCGGCCUGUCGCAAUGGCAGUAAUAACAACGGUAAUGGUAGCAGCGGUGGCAUCAGUGGCGGCAGCAUGAAUAGCACACAUAAAAGUAGUUUUAUGCAACAUCAUCAUCAUACAUCGGCGCAUCCUCAUCCGCACCAGCGCGCGCGCGUCGCUCACAUGUCGCACUCGUCGAAUAAUGUGUUGCGCGCUAGGCGCGGCGUGGUGCGCAUGCUCAUCAUUUUCGUAUUAACAUUUGCACUGUGCAAUUUGCCAUAUCAUGCGCGCAAAAUGUGGCAGUACUGGUCACGUUCAUAUCGCGGUGAUUCGAAUUUCAAUGCGCUACUCACACCGCUCACCUUCCUCGUCACCUAUUUCAAUUCGGGCAUUAAUCCGUUGCUCUACGCCUUUCUAAGCCGCAAUUUUCGCAAAGGCAUGAAGGAGCUGCUAUUGUGUUCUUGGAAGAAGGGCAAAGGCAAAUCAUCGUCAAAUUCAUCGAUGCAUCACAAGCGAGUUGCAUUGCAGGUAACUCACUCGCUACCAACCGACACAACGCAUAUUGGCAACGAACAGCUAUGAUGACCCAUUCGUCGCGUUCGCAUACAACGGCAAGCUUUUGGCACAGCCUCGUAAGCUUUUCACCGAUCGCUGCAUAUACCUACUAGUCAUAUAUAUAUGUAUAUGUAUUUUGUACCUCUGUUGACAAAUAAUUAUUGUAUUGUGGGUUUCAAGGCAAACUCAACUGUUUUUGUUAGUGCUUUGCUUUGCAAUUCUUUAUUUUUUCUACCUUACGAUAUAAGAACUCUUCGAAUUUGAAGUGAAAAUCAAACAAACAGUUGCUGUGCUAUAGCUUUUUCUUGUAAUUAUGCAGAUUUAAGCAACAUUUUUAUCAAUGUGAUGUUUUCGAAGCUUCAGAGGUGAUUAGUGAUAAUGGUUUUUGGCAUAAACUAAAUAUUUGAUAUUUAUGAAAAAUAACAUAGUAUAACUUAAUAGUAUUUUAAAAACAGAUAAUAUAAUUAAAUACUAGUAAAUUAAACUAAAUUACUAGUAAUUAAAUACUAUUAAUUAAUGUAAUUCAGUACUGACAACUAAUGUAAUUAAGUACUAGUAAUUAAGAAUGUAAAUAUUUUUAUGAUUACUCAUAUACAUAUGUAUGAUUAUAAGAGUAUUUAAAUGUAAAUAUAUAUUUUUAAAAACAUAUAUUUGCUUGUAAAUUAGCUUCAGGAUUAAUUUUGCAUUUAGUGUAUAUACAGUUAUAAAGUACGUAAUUAAAUUACGUGAUUAAAUUAGCUAAUUAAUUCUUUUAUUUGGUUAUUUACUUGGAGUUAUUGCUGAUUUCUAUAGUUGAGACAUGCCUUAGCAAAUGUGGAGCAGUAAUAAAAGAUUUAGAGGCAUUUAGAUGUGUUUAUAUUAAUAUGUUAAUUUUUUUUAAUAAACUUUUUUUUUUAAUAUGAAUGAACGAACGCUGAUUGUGAUAUCACUUAAGAAAUACUUAAAACAAAAUACUUAAAAAAUGAAAAAUAAUUAAUAGUUUUUAUACUCAGUUAUUAUUUUAUUGACUUUUUUUCUUUUUAAGGCUUUCGAACUGAAUUUUUCUUAAAUACUUAAAACAAAAUACUUAGUAUAUAAUUUAUUAUAGUAUAUAAUUAAUUAAAAACCUAAUGAAUAGUUAGAAAAUAGAAUAACUAAAAAAAUUAUAUAAAUAAAAUAAUAUAUUGUACUUGAGGUAAAAUAAAUAGUUGAAAUUAAAUAGAAGAAGAUGAAAAUUAAAAAAAAAAUUAGAUUAAAAGAAAUUAAAAUAAAUGAAAUUAAGUUAAAUUAAAUUAAAUUAAUUUGAAAUAAAAUAAAAAAAAAAUUUAAAUAAAAAAAUAACAUAAAAUAAAAUGAAGAAAAAUAAAAUAAAA